CGGAUGCUCUUGACAGUGUUCAUUGUUUAUUGUCUAUUUUUUUUUUUGGUACCAAAAUAUCAGUGCAACCGUGCUCGGACACUUGUCAUCCGCUGGUGAUUGUGCGUGUUAGUGAUUCUGUUUUUUUUUUUAACAAUUCUCAGUGUCUUCAGGGUCAACCGGACCCUGAAGAGCACCAGUGCACUGUCAACAAUGUGCCAGAACUGUACAAUCAGUGAUUACGUUUGAAUUAUUAAAUUGAUUCGCUUGAUCUUUGAGAGUGAUAACUCAGAGUUGAUGGUACAGCAGUGAGUGAUUGUUGAAGUUAGGUUUUUGUGGAGGAAGAGGAAUGCUGCCUUAUCAGGUGGCCAUGGACUACGGGGGCUUUCAGCGGCAAAGUCCUGUUGGGGUUGGUGUUCCUGGGGUUGGGGUUGGUGCUGGGCAUCAGGGCCCAUCUGGUCCCCUCAACAUCAACCCCGCUUUCACCCACUCCUGGUUCGUACCGGCGGACCUCUGUGUCCCGUACAAACAGAAUCAGGGUUCUCUCCUCGAGCCAGGUUUGUUGGAAAUGCGGAAGGAGAAGAGCAGAGAUGCUGCAAGAUCACGUCGUGGAAAGGAGAAUUUUGAAUUUUAUGAGCUCGCUAAGAUGCUACCAUUACCCGCCGCCAUCACGUCGCAAUUGGAUAAGGCAUCGAUCAUAAGGCUGACUAUUUCAUAUCUCAAAUUGCGAGAUUUCUCGGGGCAUGGAGAUCCGCCAUGGAACAGAGACACACCUCCACCUAACAAAAUAGUUAAAGCAACUAAAAGAACUAGGCUAUCAUCAACUCCAUUCGCUGAAGACAUGUUUGAACAGCAUCAGGGCACUCACAUCCUCCAGUCGUUGGAUGGUUUCGCAAUGGCCGUAGCUGCUGAUGGACGAUUCCUGUACAUUUCCGAAACGGUCUCCAUUUACCUCGGUCUGUCCCAGGUGGAGAUGACGGGAUCGAGUGUCUUCGAUUAUGUUCAUCAGCAGGAUCAUGCUGAAGUUGCCGAGCAACUUGGUCUAGGUCUGACUUCCACAGGAUCAUCAUCUGGUCCACACUCCUCCAGUUCGGGUCUUGCGUCGCCAAGUAGUGCUGCUUCUGAAGAGCAUGGCUCCACUUCCACUGCAAAUCCGGAUGUGUCAUCUGUGAUGUCAUUAACCACGAGCGGACUGUACAAAGGAUAUGAUAGAGCGUUCUGCGUUAGAAUGAAGUCGACGCUGACGAAAAGAGGGUGUCAUUUCAAGUCUUCCGGGUACCGAGUCGUUUUGCUUCUCUGUCGACUGAGGCCGCAAUACCCAUUCAGUCAUACUAGAAAAUCAUCACCACCACUGAUGGGAAUGGUGGGAAUCGCCAUUGCCCUGCCACCACCCAGUGUACAUGAAAUUCGAUUGGAGGCUGAUAUGUUUGUUACUAGGAUCAGCUUUGAUUUUCGGAUAGCACAUUGUGAACCAAAAGUGUCAGAAUUAUUAGAUUACACAGCUGACGAACUGACUGGAAAAAGUCUGUACGCCCUUUGUCACGGAGAAGAUGCAAAUCGUCUAAGAAAAUCACACGUCGAUCUCAUCAAUAAGGGUCAAGUUCUCACGCAUUACUACAGAUUAAUGAAUAAAAGUGGAGGAUACACGUGGCUGCAAACAUGUGCUACUGUUGUUUGUAAUUCCAAAAAUGCCGAGGAACAAAACAUCAUUUGCGUCAACUAUGUUAUUAGUGGAAGAGAAUAUGAGAAUUUGAUAAUGGACUGUUGUCAACUAGAGGACGGUGUCUCUGGUGUGAAACGUGAAGAUGCUGCAGGAAAUGAUCCUGAAAACGGUUCCCCAGAUGCGGAUAGAGGGGAGGGACGAAAUAGUGGCGGUCCUCCAAACUCUCAUCCCGAGAAUCCACAUCACUCGCCUCCUGAAGAUCGAGAGGACAGUAGAAAUUCAGAAGGCGAGACCCGUGGUGGUCGCCAUCAUGACAAUGUAUCUCAGCUUCAACAAGAACCACAGGCAACAGUGACUAAUUUAGGAAGUUUAUCCGUCAAGUCGUUGACCCGUCACAAACGAAAAUUCUCACAAGAGGAUGACACUUCAUCUGGUGAAGACGAUGAUGACGACGAGACUGUAAAAACACCGAGAAAUCACGCAUUGAGUCCAGCUUCAUCAAAUCAUUCGAUACCCAAUGACCAAGUGCUGAGAUCAUCGAGCCCAAAGAUACGAAGAACUGAGACCAGAGAUGAAGUUCAUGGGGGUACCUCUGUCAAAGAUUUAGAGCAGGCAAUGUCAAAACAUUUACCAGGAGCAUCACUGAGCAAGCCCGAAUCUCCAGCUCUCCAUCAGCCAACGGAUUUCAGUACAGACGCUCUCUUGAAGCAACAGCAACAAAAAUCAACGAUUCAGUGGAUUGGUGCUCAUCAUCAUCUGGGACAUCUCAGUCCCCAGCAGUCAUCGACCGCUCCUCAUCCAGCAUCAGCACUUCUCCGUCAGCUUUACGUUAAUCGAGAGAGUGUAAUCAGAAAUGUUCACGGUAUGAGUUCGAGUACGAGUAGAACUCCAACAUCAGGUGGUGGUUAUUACUCAGGAGAAACACCUCAGGGUCCAUUACCAACACCACCUGGCUCUGAGGGUUCAUCAACGUAUGGUGAGCAUCAGUUUGUUCUAGGGCACAAUCAGAAAUCGGCAACAGGUACAAGUGGUGCUGAACCCUUUCCCAGUCUAGUAUCUUCGUAUUCAUCAGCUGGUGGAUAUGGAGUGGAUUAUCAUUCAGCUAUGACUCCACCAUCGUCAGUUUCACCGAGAGACAAGCAGCAGCAACAGCAAGCUCAUCAGCAACAGCAGCAGCAACAGCAACAGCAACAGCAACAGCAGCAAGCCCAAUUGCAUUCUUCAAGUGUAGUUAGCAGUUAUGAGACUCCUGUUUAUGGAGAUCCUCUUCUGAGACACCAGUAUGAACCAGCUCAGCCUUUACCACUAAAACCACAGGUUUACUCAGCUGCUGUUCAUCCUAGUGCUCUCGAUGCUGCUGCUGCCUAUGCAGCCUCUGCUGGCCUCACUGAUCAACCCCAAUUCUAUCAUCAUCCAGCUGCUGGACCUGGAUUUCAUCUCUAUCAUCCUAGCAACAAGGCCACCGCUAAUGGCUGGUACAGCUCGGCCUCCUAGUAGCUUGAAAAUAUAUGGCGUGUACUUAAAUAAGUGAAGAAUAACCAAUCCAAAGUCUGUUUUAUUGGUGAAAAAUAAGGAAUUCAAACUCCAGUGCAUAUCAGCGACUUCAUCAAUCAUUAUUUGUUUAAUACGUUUUUAUGAAAUUUAUUACAAAGAUACCGGUGUAACCGAUGUCUAGGUGAGAGGAGAGAUAUGACAGUUCACUCGUAAUGGACUUGAAAAAAAUUUUUUCCCUAGGAAACUCAAUUUACAUUUUUUGACCUAUUAAUGGCUCUUGAAGUUUCAUUUGUUAUUGCUUAGUUGAGAUUUUUUUAUUCGGAUGUAAAGCUCUCUAAUUAGAUGAAUUGUGUUUAUCAGCCAUUAGUGAUGAAAGCACAUUUUUUUUUUCGUGUAUAAUUCAAUUAUUGAAUGAUUAACUAAUUGUAAUUGCACGGUCGCGCCUGUAAAUAUUGUACAAAUAAUGUCGCCCUUCGCAUUGUCCCUUUACCUUUCCCUUCCUUCCAUCUCUCUUAGAGAUAAAUGUUUUCAUUAUCCCGUUAUUUUUUACUCCCAGAGCUGAGAAGAGAACACUGAAUAAGCGAAAUGGCGAAUUGAAAUGAUUAUCUUUUAAGUAGUUACAUUCUGUGUAUUAACGAAUAGAUAGUCCGAUUUACAAUUAAUUUUAUUACCCUAGGAGAUGAGACAUGGUUUGAUUGUGAGUUUCAAAUGAGGGAAACAAUUAAUGAGUGACAAUUAACGUGGCAAUUGGUUGGAAGAAAUUUUUUUUUAGAAACAAUGGGAGAAAUCAAUUGUGGAGCUUUCACUUUGCAAAAAUGAAAAAAUCGACGCGAGGCUUGCGAUCAAUAUUGUACUGUGUAUAUAAAUUAAUUGAAUUUAGUGUCAACGUCCUACGUCGUUCAAUGACGAUGUGAACUUUGUAGAUCAAAGAAUCCAAGUGUUCAUUGCAAGGUAAAAAUCAAAAAUUCACAGCGAAAAAUCACUCUUCUUCAGUUGUUACUGAAAUUUUUCAAAACCAUCAGACAAAGACUAAUUUUCAGGCUCUGUGCAAUAAAUUAUAUCACCUGGUAUUAUUAAAAUGAAA